CUCAAAAAAAAAAAAAAAAAACACCCCCAAAAGAUUCAGUUCCCCAUCGGCCAUCGCCAUCCCAUUUCGCCGUUCCCGGCGCCGCCUCCGCCUCCGCCUCCGACGACCCCGGCUAAGACUGCAUCUCCGUCAAGGUCCGCCGCAUCUACGCAUGGAUUCGCCGCUCCACAUCGAUUCUCCACCACUCAUGGAAAAGGGCGAUAAAGAGAAUAUCCGCCAAGACCGCAACAUUAUGUCCGACUGCCCAACCCUGCACAGGGAGGGGGCUGUCUCUACAAAGAGGAAGAAGAAGCCCGGGGGGUUCAACCUCAGGAAGAGCAUCGCAUGGAACCCUGCUUUCUUCACCGAAGAAGGCGUUUUAGAUAAUUCGGAGCUUUCUGUGCUCAGUGGCUCCCAAAUGAAGCCAGGCAGGAGCCCUGGCUCAGGGGUUGGUGCUACCAUUUCCCCGUUGUGUAGGGUUGGGAGAACUGGCAGUGCAUCCAUACUGAAGGAUGUCACAGAGAGUUCCCGUGGCAAGUUGCUUGUGAAGUAUCGUAGUGCCGAGAACAAGGGAAGGAAACUGUUUUCUCCUGCAAAACUUCCUGAGCGGGUUGAACUUCCGGAAAAGCAGGAUAAGAGGUCAGCGCGAAGCAUUCAAAAUUUGAUACCGAGGUCACCAGCAGGAUAUGCACAGAAGAAGGCGUCAAAUUCAAAUGCUACAACUCAAAUGACAAGAACACCCAAAAAGUUAUCGCAGCCUUCUAUUCCUAUGGUCCCUAGAAGUACCUCAUCAGCGACAAAUAUCUCCAAAUCAAACACAAAGUUACCUCCAGUUAAAACCGAUCACCCAAGUAGAGUGGAGGCACUCCAGCUGAAGUCGAAGAUUAAGCCUACAUCUUCAACUAAAUCCUCUGGACUUAUCACAGAGAAGGAUGUGGAGCCUGUUACAGCCCUCCAUGGAGAAGGCAAUAGUUCUAGGAAAUGUACAAGUUAUUCAACAUAUACACAAAAUAGGCCCUCCAGUUUUGUUGGUGUCCCUGCAUCAACUUCCGCUAAACCAUCAGCACUUCGCAUGCCUUCACCUUCAGUUGGUUUUUUCUCUCAGGAAAAGGCUCUUGUGUCACAUGAUGCUGCUGCUCAAGGAAAUGCAAAGAGCUGUGUUACUCGAAAUACUUCAUCACUUGCAAAGCCUCCCAGAUAUAGGCAGUCUGAGUAUGUAAAUAGCAGGCUAUCUCAGGCUCCUGUAUCAAAUGUUGAUACUGCUCAAGGAAAUGCAAAGGUCUGUGUUACUAGAACUACGUCAGCACUUGCAAAGCCUCCUAGAUAUAAGCAGCCUGAGGAUUUAAAAAGCAGACUCUGUCUUACAGCACAGCUGCCAACCAAUUGCCCUGCCAAUUCAGAGUCGGUUGUGCAUCCUGCAAUCAACUCUUUGGCCUCUUCAUUACCUGGUCUAGAGCAGGACAAUGAGUGUUCUGGGAAAGAAUCCUUGUCAGAAGGUAUAACAACAUGCUCAGCAAAUUCAAGAAAUGCAAAUACUGAACCAACACAGAAGGUUGAUUGCUUCUCUGUUGGAAGUGGAGCUACUACACGAUCACCUGGUUCAGAAAAGAAUGAUGGUUCCAGAAAUGGCAUGCCAAAUGUGGAUAUUGUUGCAUCACAUGUAGAAGAAGGGGUCAUUGUGAAAAGAACUGAACCUAGUGAGGACUCCCAGUCUCUAAAAUCUAUUUGCACCCCAACCAUUGAGCAUGUUGAGAACUCCUGUUCUCAUGAAGCUGCCAUCGGCUCAAUGAAACCUAUUGCGGUGAGUAUAUUGUCAUCGUCUUGCAUUUCUGAAGUGUGCACCCUUGACGGUUUCAUCUAUGAAAGCAAAUCAGAAAAUUGUGCUGGUGUAGCAAUUGACCUGGAAAAUUCUCUUUCUGGAGAGACAAUGGUCUCAGUUUCUUCCUCAGAAGGCAACAGUUGUACUCCAGGUCUGGACUUCUUGCGAGAUUUUGAUUCCUGCAAUCAACAACGUACUGAAUCUUCCACUAGGAAAUCAGUAGAGUCUACAACAUGGGCAGAUCGGGUGCUACAGUGUGGUAAUUCAGUUGAUAUAAAACCAGCUUCAGCUGAUGGUACAGCAGAUUUGCCUGGUUCCUUUUGUAAUGAAGCCGAACCUAAUUCAUCAGACAAACCAAAUACUGAUGGUAGUGUCGACUUUGAGUCAGAUAGUCCAUUGAUUGGCAAGGAAGCUCAGCUCUUAGUAGGGUGUGAUUGUGACAAUGAUUAUAGGCGUACAGAAUGCCCCCCUAUAGAACCAGAAGCACCUGUACCUCGUGCUGAUUUUAGUGAUCUAAAAGAAGUCACAGUAGAUUUUAGGACAGAAACACAUGAUUCUUUGGCAGUGGAAAGACAGCCUCUUUUAUUGGAAGAACCCAAUGCUGAAGAAGAUAUGGAUAUUGACUCAGAUAGUCCACUGAUUAGCAAGGAAGUUCAGCUGUUAAUAGGGUCUGAAUACGACCAUGAUUAUAGGAGUACAGAAUGUUCGCCUAUGGAACCAGGAGCACCUGUGCCUUGUACUGAUUUUAGUGAUUCAAAAGAAGUCGCGAUUGACUGUAAGACAGAAACACAUGAUUCUUUGCCAGUGGAAAGACAACAGGUUUUAUUGGAAGAAGCAAAUACUGAAGACGAUAUGGACCUUGACAAAAACGAGUUGUUAACUCUAGAGGAUCCAUCACCUAUAGGAAAGACCAAGGCAGUGCACAGACCAGGCACAAAUACCAUCAUAAAAAAUCAUCUAAAACAAUUGGUACCAUUUUCGGAAGAAUGGCUUGCUGCCAUGGAGGCUUGCGGGGAGGAAGUUUUGGAACAGAAGAGUGGAGCUGUGCAAAAUUCUCCUACCGAUAAAACUACCCCAGAGCCCAGUCCUUGGUCACCGGUUAAACGCAAAGCUCAAGAUGUUGGUCCAUUUGACUGUACCAAGUACUCCAAAAACGUUCGGACAACUGACACCCCUUAACCUGCUCAGCUGCGCUUCACCUUCUCUCGAGGUACCAGCAGACACGCUGUACAAAGUCAGAGCACAGCUCGGAGCCUUGUGAGAUCUGCCACUGAAUCUUACUUUGUUCAAUACAACAGCCUCGUUGAGGUGCUUUUGUUUGUUACCUGACAAUUGUUCCCUUGAAUUGUAAAAUCACUACUGUUGGAUCACGACACAAGCAAUGCUUGGUAAAUAAAGAGAUCAUUUCUUCUGAA